AUGGAAGGUCCGCUAUUGGACCUCACUCGGUCGAAUCCAACCCCAUCGAGCGAACGGGUGGCGAAAACGCUGAAACACGUCCUUUCCUUCCUCGAUACCCUCGCCUUCCACAUCCCAGAGGGCACCCGAUGUGCAGUGAGUAUACUGCCAACGCUGAACAACCCCACACUGUGGCGUCUCGUUGAGGAUACGGCCACCUGGCAAGUCGGGGAGGCCCCUCAAUACGCGUCGCGGCCGAUCGACUCCGGGCAUGAUUUAAUCGACCACUUUAUUACGACGCUUUUGUCGUCCUCACUGCACGACGGCGCGGGAAAGGCCCCCCACGCCGUUGAUGAGCAGGUCGGUGAGAAUUACCCAUCUGCUCUCGCGGAGGACGAUCUCGGUGGCGACUCACCGCAUGCCACGAGCCAAGGGGAUGAGGGGGAGGAAGCAAACCCGUACGACAGCGGUGAGGCGGUGUGGUUGGAGGAGCUUGAUGCAGCCUCCGCCUCGCUGUGGGAUGAAAACAUGGCGCAGACCGCCAAUGAAGUGGGCUCGGACGUCCCAUCCGAGGAUGAGGUUGGACAAACCAUUGCGAAGAAAACCUCCGUUUCACAGGAAAGUCAAUACAGCCAUGCGCACGCAACAUCGAAUACCGAUUCAAGUGCGAUGGAAGCGGACAGCAUUGCACGGGAAGCUGAAGGUAAUAAUGAGUGGAAAUUCGAUGAUACGCCUGAAACAUCUGAAGGCGUUUCGACAAAUCAGAGCCACAACAGCAUAGAGGAUGGAAACCACAGUUGCCAUACGACCGACUCCUCCUCUGGUGACCGGCAUGAAAUUUUCCAGUCCACAAAGGCCCUACGUAUGGUACUCAAGCAGAAUUCACCUGCAGGUUUUCACCUUUUCUUCUCGUUCUUGGAACUGAUUGGCUGGGUUUUGCAUCUACCAGUUCCCUCUGUACGAUGGCCGACGACCGCAGACUCCUCGCAACUUCUUCCAUUGUUUUCAGAUUUCCGUGCGGAUGGGGUAAUAUCCCAUUGGGUGACCACAUUCUCACUAAGUUACACUGCGCUUCUUCGCAUCUUCAACCCAGUACCAUCACGAGCCUUUCGAUUUUCACCCCUUGAGGACGAGAACAGAGGUCUGUCCUCAACAUCACCCACCACUGUUGCAAAGACUCUUCAUGAUCCCGCCAUCAUGGAGAAGAUUAUGUUACUCCUGCUGAAUACGUGCCCAGACGUGUGGUUAAUGAGUGCGAUAUUGCACUGUUGGUGGACAUCCUUGCUCCACCACGACCACUGGCCCGAUGGGGCGGGGGAUGAUGAAACACGCUUUGUCAUCUCAACCACACACGGCAAAGCUCUCGAGAAGAUCAGGCGUGGAAAGUCAAACGGUGUCGAGAACGGAGGCGCCCCGCGCGCGAUGCUGAUGCCACGGGUGGAAAUCUCCCUCUGUGUGCUGUUAUACCAUGCGGGGCUUAACGCCCACGCGGUGCGUAGCUGGCGUCAACGUCAAUUAGACCCAAUCGAGGCUUCCCCCUUGUCCACGGGGGGUCCGGGCCCAAUCUCAGACAAAGGGGAUCGGUUUGACACCAGAAAGUGGCAUGCAGUGCACGAGGCCGUGUUGGAAAAAGUCUUUGGAGACGUCCUAGGGGAAACAGGGGGUUGUGACAACGAGGUGUGGGGUGACCCCAUCCCUGAAAGUUCCCUAUUACACCUCAUUGGAAGUAUGACGCUGUUGUCCCUCGAGACGAGGGCCGUGUCAAGGGGACAAUCGGGACGGCGAAGGGAGGCUUGUGGGACAUCCGAUUCGUCUGGAAAGUCACCCACCGCGGUUGGAAUGCCGCAUUCGAAGAAUUUCUACGUCGCGGAGUUUCUCGUGGGAGACGAGUCGAGGGCGGCGGGUUCCCGGGUUGAGGCGGCGUGGGGGCGAGGGCCACCGGUGAUCUUUCCUUCCCAGCAGCUGGCGUCGGUAGUGAACGGACGCGGCUCCUCGAUAGGGAGUUCCGCUCUGCAUGGGCGGAGUUGGCGGUAUGCUUGGCGGUAUUCCUUGUCUCCGCGGCAGAAGAUGCAGCUGCGGCGCGCUUUCGCGUGUCGCCCCUCAAGCCCUUCCGCACCCGAGCGUGCAAAGCCUGCCGAGGGAAGAAAACACCGAGGUUAUGACAGGGACGUAGCGGGCAGCCAAAACAUGCGGCACCCAUCUUCCCUCCAUGAGAUAGAUCACUCCUCCAAUGGUAAGUUGCUUCUCGCUGAGGAUGACGAUGAAUUCACAAAUCUUUUCACCUCACUCAUGUCAUCACCAAAUGCUUAA